AUGUCAGGUUUAACACUACAGAGCGGCUGCCUGCAGGGAUUGGAUGAGGCGGAUAUUCUUGACCCGGAGUUUCAGCAGAGAUUGGAAGAUGCCCGCACUCUGCUCAGGCAGGAGAUCCAGCGAGAACUGAAGAUCAAGGAGGCGGCUGAGAGGCUGCGGCGGGCCGUCACCAAUCGCAAAAACGCGGCCGACGUGGAAGGCCAGCUUAAGGCCUCGAGCCGCAAGCUGGAGAAGUUGCACUGGGAACUACAUGAGCUCAACGCCAGGUCUAUGGCCACAGAGAAGGACAGUACUACAGAAGACAACCUGUCUCCAGAGUCGUGUCAGUGGGAAGACGUCACGUCACCACUGGCAGGACGAGUCAGAACCCUGAAGAAACAGCUCACCAUGGAGACCAAAGUCAAACAGGGUGCUGAGAACAUCAUCCAUACCUACACCAACAGCUCAGUCAAGGACAGGAAGAUGCUGUCCACAGCCCAGCAGAUGGUGCAGGACAGCCGCACUAAGAUCGAGCUGCUCCGCAUGCAGAUUGUCAAAGUCAGUCAAGUCAAAGACGGAGAACGGGACAGUGUUUAUGGUCAUCCUGUGGACACUGUCAGUCCUCUGGAGCUGCGUGUGGCUGAACUCAUGCACCACAUGAAGAUCGAAUUGGCCGUAGCAGAAGGCGCCAAAAACGUGGUGAAGCAGCUGAGCGAGCGUAAGAUCCAGGACCGCCGCAUACUGGCAGAGGCUCAGGCACGGAUGCAGGAGUCGUGUCAGAAGGUGGAUCUGCUGCGUCUCUCUCUGGAAAGACGUUUGAGCGAGCUUCCAGACGAUCAUCCCAAACACAUCAUCAUUAAAGAGGAACUGAUGUUAGGAACCUCACCUUCCUACAACUCACCGAAGAAGAAGACUCUGUCCUCUUCCUCCUCCUCUUCUUCCUCCUUCUUUAAACCAGCCAGUCUAACAGGACGGUUAGAAGUAUGUCUGAUGGGCUGCCAAGACCUGUUGGAGGCUGUACCGGGUCGUGGUCGUGUGACAAGCGUCUCUCCUGCUCCUAGCCUGUCUGAUGGAAGGUCUCUGAAGGUGAGGGCGGGACUGACAGGACGUGGAGCCAAUGGCAAGACGACCAAGGCUGAUGAGCUGUCCUCUGAGAUAAGCGCCGUGCUGAAGGUGGACAACACCAUAGUGGGACGCACACACUGGAGACAGCUGGGGAAAGAGGCCUGGGGCCAGAGCUUCAGCAUUGAACUGGAACGGUCCAGGGAGUUAGAGAUCGCUGUGUAUUGGAGAGACUGGCGAGCAUUGAGCGGGGUGAAGUUCCUGCGGCUGGAGGACUUCCUGGAUAAUCAGCGACAUGGCAUGUGUCUCCAGCUGGAGCCUCAGGGAAACGUCUUCAUCGAGGUGACGUUUAUCAAUCCUGUCAUUGAACGGCGAUCCAAGCUGCAGAGGCAGAGAAGAAUUUUCCCUAAAGAAAAAGGGAAGGACUUCCUGCGUGCUGCCCAGAUGAAUAUGAACUUUGCCACUUGGGGCCGUCUGAUGAUGAGCAUUCUGCCCCCCUGCAGUUCCAUGGAGCCCAUGAGCCCUCCACUGGCAGGCCCACUCACUAGCCCCGCAUCAUUCAGCCCUUCUCCAGCACGAGAAAGUCCCAAUUACAGCGAAGAACAAGCUGGCAGAUCUCCACAUCGCUCAAGAAAGAUGCCUAAAGACUCUCUGCUGGUGAGCCAGAUGGAUGGAGGUCUACAGAUGGAAGACUUCAACUGCAUUUCAGUACUGGGAAGAGGUCACUUUGGAAAGGUGCUGCUAGCAGAGUAUAAGAAGUCUGGUAAACUGUACGCCAUCAAAGCCCUGAAGAAAGGAGACAUUGUGACACGUGAUGAAGUUGACAGCCUCAUGUGUGAAAAGAGAAUCUUUGAAGUGAUCAACGCGUCUCGUCAUCCGUUCCUGGUGAACCUGCACGGCUGCUUCCACACAGCAGACCACGUGUGCUUCGUGAUGGCCUACUCCCCCGGUGGAGACCUCAUGAAGCACAUUCACACCAACAUCUUCAAUGAGAAACAGGCCCGGUUUUAUUCAUCGUGCGUGCUGCUCGGUCUGGAGUUCCUCCACAAGAACAAAAUAGUUUACAGGGAUCUGAAGCUGGAUAAUCUGCUGAUGGAUGCAGAUGGUUUUGUCAGGAUAGCAGACUUUGGUUUGUGCAAAGAAGGUAUGGGCCACGGGGAUCGCACCUCAACCUUCUGUGGCACACCAGAGUUUCUAGCUCCAGAAGUGCUGACGGACAACAACUACACCCGCAGUGUGGACUGGUGGGGGCUGGGGGUCCUCAUCUAUGAGAUGCUGGUGGGGGAGUCACCCUUCCCCGGUGAUGAUGAAGAGGAAGUGUUUGACAGUAUCGUCAAUGAUGAAGUGCGCUACCCUCGCUCCCUCUCUCCUGACUCUGUAUCCCUCAUUCAGAAGCUGCUGCAGAAAAAUCCUGAGAUGAGACUUGGAGGAGGAGAGGAAGACGCCUCGGAGAUCAAAAGACAUAAAUUCUUCCAGGGAGUGGACUGGAAUGCUCUCCUGGCCAAGAAGCUGAAACCUCCCUUCCUGCCGGUCAUCAGAGCGAACCAGGACGUCAGUAACUUCGACGAGGAAUUCACUCGCCUCAAGCCGGUCCUCACCCUGCCACGAACGCCCUGCUCCCUCACCGCUGAGCAGCAAGACAUCUUUACUGACUUUGACUUCUCUUUCAUCAGUUGA